CACUGUUGUUUGAAAUGUAAAUGGUGUUUGAAGGGCAGCUAAAGAAAAAACUGUUAUCAAACCCAUAUUUGUUCUAGUGAGGGAGUAUAAAUUCAGGAGCCAAAGUGAAGGUUAUUUCACACCUCACUUCAUCUGUGCAUUGUUCAUCCAUAUUCUUCUAGCCGAAGCCAUGGCACUGUUUGGGAAAAUUCUGGAACCUGUAGGGUUCAUGCAGACCACUCGUGUGCUUGUUGAGGGAAUCUUCUCUUAUCUGAGUGGUAGUGCUAACUCUGAUGAUUUAGACCUGGUGAAAAAGAAUUUAGACCACAUUGAUCAUGAACUUAGCUCCUUUGGCCCAGGUCUGCUAACUGACGAAGAGGUCCACUGUCUUGAAAAUGACUUGGCUGUAGUUUACAAUCAGCUAGGAGCAUCAGUGAGGGCCCAGGCUGAGUUCACGAAACGUGAAACAGAAGUCUUUCUGCGCUUCGUUCAGGAGUACAGACUGGAGCGACAGCUGACAGCAUUGUACAGUCGUAUCAUGGGCAUCUCUGUGCUGACAGAUCAGCCCACCCUGUUGGAGAAGCUUGUGCUUAACCGUAAGCCGAGGCGCUGGGAGAUUAAAGAAUUUUGUGUCAAGGUGAAUUUUGUGCUUGGGACAGGCCUGUUAUGCCUUUUUAUAGAGGCUUCUUUGACAGGAAGAGAUCAGGCUCUUAUGAUGAAGAACUGGUCAGACAGGAUGGCGGCAUUGUACAGGAAAAUGAAAUCCACCGGAGGACUCUGCUCAGGAUACUUCAGAGAGCAAGCUGAAGAUGAUGUAAAGAAGCAGAUCUUGGAGGUUCGGUGGAGCACUCACAGCCCAGAGCAGCAAACAGCUGAAAUUUUAAAAAGUUUAGAGCGCAAUUAUGACUGGCUACACUGGGCUGUGAUGGUACAUCCCCCUGUGGCAUGCUGGAAAGAGGCCACUGUUGCUGGUGAGGGAGAGAAUGAAGAGCAAAGCAGUUGUCUAAGCCUAGAGCACUUCAUCUCUGUUUUUUCAGAUGCUUCUAAUUCUAAUGUAGUGGCCUGUCACAGGGACACCCCAUCCUCCCUGGAUAAAGCUCGCAUCCAUCAGCUGAUAGUGGACCUGGAAUGGAAGAUCCCAAACCCACCACCUGAAAUUUAUGCGGCUAUAGAAGAAGAUCCGGGUAAAGCUAGGCUAUAUCUAGCCAAUCGGAUGUUUAAAAAGCUGCAAGAAGGACUUGGCACAAGUGUUGCUAUCUAUGUGGUACCUGGAAAAAUGGAGAUGAAGUGCAACUUUCCUCAGGCUUCAUAUUACCAAUAUGAAUAUAAACACAGGCUGGCUUCUGGAACAGUUUGUGUAUUUGGGUAGCACACCAGAUUUGAUUUGUGUAAAAUAUGAACAAGCAUUUAUUAACAUAAGCAACAAAUAAAACGAACAGUUUCUAAAUCUGAGCAUGAUUACUUUUGAUCAGAAUUGCCAAAGAAAAGUUAUGCAUCUAAUCUUAGGCAUC